UAUCAAGCUAUUUCUAGCUUGUAAUUAAAUAAGAAACAAAAUAUUAAUUAUAUUAUAUAUAUUAGAACAAUCACAAUGGAUUCUCCACGGCCAAGUUUUAAUGAGGAUGUGGUAGACGGCCGCUCGCUGGGCAACAUUCGGACCCUAGAAUGGAGACACCUGGAGGCAAAGUGCCGGGCGCUCCAAAUGGAAGGCUGCGUGUGGCAUUACAUGAGGCGUUUGGCCGCCAACAAUGCGGCUCAGUUUAUUAUGGUCAUAGAAUUUUUGAUGAUGGUUCACAUUAUACUGCUGCUGACCCUGGUCAAGAAUGUACGGUUUUACGCAUUGAUUCCUUACCUGUUCGUAAUUGUUCUGACGCCACUGGUCAUGAUGGUUUGCCUGAAGGAUAACCUCGAACGCAACUACUACGUCUUCAACAUGAUAGCCAGCUGGGUGAUGGUUUUUCUGCUAAUAAUUACGGACACCUUUGUGCUAGUUUCUCAUGGCGGCUACAAGCCGCUGCUGGCCUGCUACGAUCACGUUGUCCUGGUUGCUGUUUACUUUUAUCUGCCGAUUGCGUUCUUAGAGAAAGGCAGGCCCUAUAUCCUGGGGCUGACCGCAUCCCUGGUGUACUUUUGUUGCUCGUACAGGCGGUUGGGCAAGUUCAGUACUGACCUCCUGUGCUAUGCGAUUUAUCUCCUUUACCAGAAUCUCGUAAUGUCUUUUUUUUUCACGAUGCGGGUAUUCCAAGUACGACGCAUUAUUCUUAGUCGCCAUCAGUUGGUCUACGAAGGCAUUGUGCUCAAGGUGGUUAUGAAGAACGAAAAAGCCCUACUGGAGUCCAUUAUGCCAGCCAAAGUGGCGCAUACACUGCAGGAGGACAUCUGCAUGCGGAUCGAGGAUGAACGGCUGGGUAAAAAGAUCCCGAAAUUACGCAAACUCUUUGUGGAACCCCAUCCGGAUGUGUCCAUACUGGUAGCCGACAUGGUGCACUACACGAACCUGACCAACACCUUGGAUGUGCAGAGUCUGGUCGAGAUCCUGCACGAGCUGUUUGUCAAGUACGAUCUGGCCGCCAAGCGGAACAACGCGCUACGGAUCAAGUUCCUCGGGGAUGCUUACAUUUGUGUCUCCGGCAUUCCCGUAUACAACCCCGACCACGCCAGGUGCUGCGUGGACCAGGCCCUCGACAUGAUCAGCAUUACUCAGGAGGUCCGCGAGCAACGAAAGCUGGACAUCGACAUGCGCAUCGGUGUGCACUCGGGCGAGGUGUUCGCUGGGGUCAUUGGCCACAUCAAGUGGCAUUACGACAUCUGGUCGAAGGACGUGGAUAUCACCAACCGCCUGGAAAUGUGGGGUGAGCCGGGCAAGGUACACAUCUCCAAUCGCACUCUCAACCUGCUGAACGACGAGUACGUAUACGAGGAUGGCACGGACAACGCCAAGAACGACCUCAUAUUGCAGAAGGCGGAGGUCACCACGUAUUUGGUCAGUAGUCGACAUUCCGACUUUAUAGAGUCCGACGAUCAGGAGCAGGAUUCAAGUGAUGUCUCGCUUACUUCGUUCCGCAUGAGCUUUAGCAAUAUCUACGAGGAUGUUGAGAUGAUGACCCAGAAAACGAUAGUAAACGAGGUGGAACACAUGCCGGUCGGACAACGUAUCCACAUCUGGCGAGCACCGAAAAGUGACGGAGAGGACCUCAGCGAGGAUCAACUGUUCAAUUCCCAGAUCUCCUUUUGUUUGCUGCACUUUCACAGCUCGAGCAGGGAAUGCGCCUUUAUGAAAAUGCCAGACCUGCUGAUGAAGUACAAUCUAGUCGUUGUGCUUAUCGCUGCAGUGGUGAUCACCGUCAUGAAUGCUACAGUGCCUUUUUCCAUGGACUUCAAAGAGCUGUUUGUGAUAUUGUUUGUGCUUGUGCUCAUCUGCUUGACCGCCGGCUAUAAGAAGUUGUGGGUCCAGUACCAUCUGCUGACACCCAUGAGGCAGCCUUCCUUCUUCCUGAACCGUUGGCUCAUCCGGGUGUCAGAGCAUAUCGAACAGCAGUCGAUAUUUGUCGGCAUACCACUCUCCGCAUUUGUCAUUCUUCUUGUCUACAUAAUCGCCUCGAACGGCGUGCUAUCGUGCAACAGGGCCGAGUUUGAGUUUGAGUUAAUCGAGUCGGAUCUGGCCGACGAGGAUCCUCAGAUGAUGUGCUUCCAUCCUUGGGUAGUUACUCAAUCGGUGAUCAUUGUGCUCAGCCUGCUGUUCUACUUUGGUGCCAUGGCGCUGGCCUUCAAGAUGGGCCUGGGUCUGCUCAUCCUCAGCUGCCACCUGUUCACCAUCCACGCCCACUACGGAUUCGCUUUCGAGCGAUCGGAGACCACAAAUAUGAACCUGAAGGCGGAAUGGUCCCACACCUGGUAUCUGAUUGCCUACUUUAUAGCCCUCUCGAUCAAGCAGCGUCACUCCACGUAUAUUUACAAGGCGACCUUUUUCAUCCGAGAGCGCUACGAGGAGAAGCGAAAGCAGACAGAGGACACAACAAAGUCCAUAAAGAUCAUUAUGGCCAACAUGUUGCCCUCGCAUGUAGCCAACACCUUCCUUGAGCGACGACGCAACGACCAGCUUUUCUACGAGAACUUUAAGAAUGUGGCCGUGAUGUUCGCCUCCAUCGAGAACUACGAGGCUGACCGGGCUGGCAUCCGAGUGCUGCACGAGUUCAUCUGCUACUUUGACGAACUGCUGGUGAACUUUGGCCACAAAUACAAGAUCGAGAAGAUCAAAGUGAUGGGCUGGACGUACUUGGCUGCCUGUGGUCUCGAAGUGGAACAUUAUACCGACUUCUCGAUCAAUAUUCCUGUCAAAAAAGAGAAUGCAUCGGAGGCAAUGAAUAGAUCAAAUAGUGUACGCUUCGAAACGGCAACAUCAUCAGAGGGCUUUGAAAGUAACGUAUUUUUGGACGACGCCGUUGUGGUCAUGACCGAAUUUGCCGUUAAUCUGUUGCGCAUCAUGAACCAAAUCCAGGUGGCGGAUAUCUUCUACGAGCUCGAUCUGCCGAAAAGCUCUCGGGGGUUCCUGAAAAUCGGCAUCGCUCAUGGGCCUGUAAUGGCUGGAGUUGUGGGCCUCUCGAAGCCGCACUAUGACAUUUGGGGCAACACCGUUAACAUGGCAUCCCGCCUGACAAGCAGCGGACUACCGGGCGCUAUCCAGGUGGCCGAGGCCACUGCCCAGGUGCUGCGUCGCUUCAACAUCAGGUGCGCCUAUCGGGGGCAACGUUGGCUGAAAGGCUUGGGCAACUAUCCCACAUAUCUGGUGGACCUGGAUGACUCCCUGAAGUUUCAGCACAAUAAAGAAGAGCCCGAGACGUCCUCAGAUAGCAUUGAUGAGACAGUUACGAUCGAUUAUCUGUAAAAUGUCGACGAUGUCCCAGAAGGGGAGGAGGAGAAGGAGCCAACCGAUCAUGCACCUCUCACUUAGUAUUAAUAUAGAUUUAUUAAGAAUAUAUAACACACAUAGAUAUUCAUAUAAGCAAAUGUUCUAUAUGAGGUUAAAUACGUUCGAUUUGAGCACUCGCAGACGUCUUUUCACAACUGGUAAUCUGUGUAUAAGUAUGUGGAUAGCUUUCCAUUACACAUAGUCACAUUAAAUAUAUGUUGAUACUAGGGGGUAAAACAUGCAUCUCAACGAAAAUAAACAGCAUGAAUCGUCAACAGAGCACCACAUCGUAUCAGGUUUCCAUUUCGUUUGGGUUUUGUGCACAGUUUUGAGCAUAAA